AUGAGUAUCAACAACACAUUCGACCGCCUUCUCUCGACCUCGGCAGCCUGUCGUCGUCAUUCCCCUUCUCCGGAAGACCAGCCGCUGCACUCAUCUUCCGGAAAGCUUCGGCGCCUUUCAAAUCGAUCUGCUCCUCCUGCUCCUGGGCAUCCCGACAUUUACACUAUGGGUGGCGGCAGCGAAAACAAGGGAGAUGCCUCCUCCUACCCUCUCUUCGCCGAACGGCCUGUCGGCGUUCCAAAGACAAGCAUUCUGAAGGGCCGCAUUGAACCGUUCUACAAGUCAGGACAGUACUAUAAGGUUAACCUGCAAGCGAACAUGUACAACGGCAGAUAUUCGGGCAAACCUCAUGUUCAGUUGUCAGUGUGGGAUGCACCAGACCUCUCCAGGCCAACUUUUGAAGAGGCUACAAGCCACGAGUUCAAGGAGACCCAUACCGGUACCUCUUUUGGGCCCUCGUGGUCCACUCAUUGGUUUAAGGUCGUCCUGCGUAUACCGGAUGAGACAAAGGACGAAGAGCUCAUUGAGCUUCAUUGGGAUGCCAACAACGAGGGCACCAUUUGGACCGAAGGUGGUAUUCCCAUCCAAGGCCUCACUGGUAGCGGAGAACGCAUCGAAUGGGUCAUUCCCGACUCAUUCCGUGACGGAGAGGAGCACACAAUUUACAUCGAAAUGGCCUGUAAUGGCAUGUUUGGAAACGCACCUAACGGCACGACAACCAUUGCACCGCCGGAUCCCAACAGGCGUUUCAACCUCAGCAAGGCUGACAUUGUCGCCAUCAAUGUCCCAGCUCGCAAACUCCACUUAGAUAUGUGGGAGAUUGGCGAUGCUGCUCGAGAACUACCCGAGAACUCGGCUGAACAGAACCAUGCUUUAUCUGUUGCCAUGAAGAUCAUCAACACCUUUGAGGUCAACAAUCAGGAAUCUAUCCUUAAAUGCCGCGAGAUUGCCCGUGAAAUUCUUGGCCCUGAUGUAGACUCUCAUAAGGUGUACGAAGGAGGAAAGGAACCUGUUGUUUUUGGAAUCGGGCAUUGCCACAUCGACAGCUGUUGGCUGUGGCCCUGGGCUGAAACAAAGCGCAAGGUUGUUCGAUCAUGGAUGAACCAAUGCGACCUCAUGGAUCGCUAUCCAGAAUCCAACUUUGCCUGCUCCCAAGCCCAACAAUACAAGUGGCUAAAGACGUACUAUCCUGCUGCAUAUAAACGUGUCAAGCAGAAGGUAAAGGAGGGUCAAUUUCAUCCUAUUGGUGGCAGCUGGGUCGAGCACGACACAAAUUUGCCCAGCGGUGAAUCACUUGUCCGCCAGUUCUUUUAUGGCCAGAGGUUCUUCGAGGCCGAGUUUGGUUCUCGAUGUCGAACUUUUUGGCUGCCAGACACCUUCGGAUACUCAAGCCAGCUUCCACAGCUUUGCCGAUUAGCUGGUAUGGACCGUUUUCUGACCCAGAAACUGAGCUGGAAUAACAUCAACAACUUUCCUCACACUACUUUCAUGUGGGUAAGCCCUGAUGGAAGUCAGGUCAUCUGCCACAUGCCUCCCUCCGAGACAUAUACAGCAAACGCUGAUUUCGGUGAUCUCAAGAGGAGCAUUGCAAACCACAAAACAAUGCGUGUUGACAGUUCGUCUCUACUUGUCUUUGGAAAGGGUGAUGGCGGCGGUGGCCCAACUUGGCAACACUUCGAAAAGCUCAGACGAUGUGCCGGAAUCAGCAACACUAUCGGCGGUAUCCCAAAGAUCAAGAUGGGGCUGACAGUUGAUGACUACUUCGACCGUCUCAACCGCAAGGCCAGCGAAUUCCCUACAUGGUAUGGGGAGUUGUAUUUUGAACUACACAGAGGAACGUAUACCACACAAGCCAACAAUAAGUAUUACAAUCGAAAAGCCGAAGUGAUGCUGCGAGAUAUUGAACAAUUGGCAACUUUCGCAUCAAUCAAAAACAAGUCGUACAAGUACCCGACCAAGGAUUUGGACGACAUGUGGGAGGCUGUUCUGCUGUGCCAGUUCCACGACUGUCUACCAGGAAGUAGCAUUGAAAUGUGCUACGAUGACUCGGAUAAGGUCUAUGCUGAAGUCUUUGAAACUGGUAAACGCCUCCUGAAGGAUUUGUAUGAAUCGCUCAACGUCUCUAGCGAAUUCUCAACGUGCCUCAACGAGUCUGUUGCCAUCAACACCCUGCCAUGGCAUCGUAAGGAGCUUGUUGAACUUUCUGAAACUGAAGUCGGUGUUGCUUGUGGCGACGGCCAGCUGCUCAAUCUUCGCACGUUUAAAGCACAGGAAGAAAAGCCUGCGGUGACCGUCAUAGAGCAGUCUACUGAUGUUUAUGUCCUGCAAAACGAGCAACUCCGCGUUGUCGUCGAAAGCGGUGUCAUUACAUCCCUUUACGAUGUGGUCAACGAUCGUGAGGUUAUUGAAAAGGGUGGAGAGGCAAACAAAUUUGUCAUCUUCGAUGAUAUUCCUCUUUACUGGCAAGCAUGGGAUGUAGAGGUAUACCAUCUCGACGCACGCCGAAAGGUCGAAUAUGGAAAGACAAAGAUUUUUGAACAAAAGCCUCAUCGAGUCACCCUGGUCACUGAUGUCAAGAUCAGCGAGAACAGUUAUAUCAAGUCAUACACCACCCUCUCUGCAGCCCUCAAAGGGCAACCUUCUCGGGUUGAUGUCAGAGCGGACGUCAACUGGCAUGAGGACUCCAAGUUCCUCAAGGUCGAAUUCCCUGUCAAUGUAGUCAAUACCGAGGCCUCCUACGAGACCGCUUUCAGCAUCACCAAGCGGCCAACUCAUUACAACACAAGCUGGGACAUGGCCAAGUUUGAGGUGUGCUGCCACAAGUUUGCUGAUCUCUCGGAGAACAACUAUGGCGUUUCUAUUCUCAAUGACAGCAAGUAUGGUUUUGCGACUGCAGGCAAGACGAUGCGAUUGUCACUCCUACGGGCACCCAAGGCGCCUGAUGCCAACGCCGAUAUGGGACGUCAUUCCAUCCGAUGGGCCAUCCUACCUCACAAGGGCAGUCUAUCGUCAACCACUGUUAAGGCUGCUUAUGCUUUCAACAACCCCCUGAAGCCCGUCACUGCCUCAAAGGCGGUCUUGGAAAGUGUGUCCAGUGCGCCGAUCAAGCUUGUCAAUGUUGAUGAGUCUGACUCUCUUGUACUGGACACGAUCAAGCGAGGCCAGGAUGACGAAGACGUCAGCCGAGAUGAUGGCCUGCGCAUCAACAAGGGCCAGAGCAUUAUUCUUCGUGUGUAUGAGUCCUUGGGAGGCCGCAGUCGUGGAGUUAUUGAAACUAGUUUCGAUGUCAAGCGUGUUACCAAGACGAACAUCCUAGAGGAUGAACUGGAAGAGAUUCAGAAGGAAGACGGAAAGAUCCCGAUUACACUACGACCGUUUGAGGUAGCAACUUUCAAACUCGAGCUGUAG